ACAUUUUGCUCCAUGUACUUGAAAGGUGUUGAGACAAAGUUCAAUCGUCCAGACCGAAAUGUAGAUGUUGGUCCAUCACUUAAAAAGAUGUCGGUCUUUCGAUCUCAGGGUCGUCCAAUUGGUAAGAAAUCAUUGACAAUUUUGGAAGAUGAAGUGAAGAAAAUAGCAGAUUGGUAUAUUCUAAACAACUGCAAUGAGAUCUUGCCAUAUCUUCGAGAGCAUAGGGAAAUUUUACAGACUAGAGGUGUUGAAAACCUAGACCAAUUACAUAGAGAGGAAUUUCCUAAUUGGUUUUAUAAUAAGAUUUAUCAUCUUCGACAAACAGGAUCCUUGGAAGUAGAUGAAGAAUUAAUCUCUUUAGCAAACGGUUCUUCAACUCGUGUUGCGUCGUACCCUGGGUGUGUUGUAAAUGGAGUAAGAUUUUUGUGUUAUGACAGGGACAAGAAUCGCAAAACUCAAAAUAGUGGAGUCUCUGUAGCGGGUGUCGAAAAUAGUACUUAUUACGGCCAGUUGGAAGAAGUUUUAGUGAUGUCUUAUCUUUCUGGUUGUUCUGUUGUAUUAUUUAAGUGCAAAUGGUUUGACACUAAUCGGUCUUCAGGAUUAAAGUUUGAGCAAAACAUAACGAGUAUCAAAACCAGUUCGGAGGCCUUCAAAGAUGAUAAAUUUAUCUUAGCAACUCAGGCUAACCAAGUUUUCUACAUUGAAGACCUUAAAAAUAAAUCUCAUUGGAAAGUCGUCCAAGAAGUGCAUCACAGAAAUGUGUGGGACAUCCCACUAGUUGAAGAACAAGCGGAGGAUGUAGAAGUAGAUGUUAUGCACGACACUAGUUCCUCUAAUUUCCAAUUAUUCGUUGAUCUUGGACCGUUGCCACAAAUCAGCUUUGAACGUACGGGGGCUCCAUUACAAUUUGUUGAGAUAGAUAAUGUUGCAAUUGAGGAGGAGAGGGAGGAGGAAAUGGAAGAAGAAGAGGAGGAGGAGGAAGAGGAAGUGGAGGAGGAGGAGGAGGAGGUUGAAUAUGAAGAUGAUGAAGAGGAAGAUGAACACAUAGAAACCGAUGAUGAUAGUGAAGAUUAUUAUAGUGAUAAUUAAGUGAUAUGGCUGAUGUUAUUGCUCAAUCUCACGGGGGUGAUGGUGGAGGAUGCGAUCCUCCACGUGGACCGGCAGAUAUCCCAGCUGAUUGUGAACGAGGUAAUAUUUUACACAUUGAUAUACUCCUUAAAAUUUAACAAUUAAUCCAUAUUAAUUUU